AUGCCUCGUGGCCUGGGCGGCCGCGGCGGCAGCGGCCGGGGGUCCGAGCGGCGGCAGUGUGUGAGCGACUGCCUGGAGAGGCACCAGGACCAGGCGCUUAACGACCAUAUGUACCUGCUGCGGGAGACGGGCCCCACCGGCUUCCUGCUGAGCGAGGACGAGCCCAACGGCUGCAGCUAUCGCGUUUUCCUCGGAGAUCCUCACACAUGUAGCUGUUCCACAUUUCUGAAAGGAAAUGAUCUUUGUAAACAUAUCUGCUGGAUAUUAUUGAAAAAAUUCAAGCUUCCAAGAAAUCAUGAAUAUGCUUUUCAGUUGGGUCUUGUGGAACGAGAAAUCAGUGAAUUGCUUCGGGGAUUACAUCGAGAACAGACUCCACAGCCAACUAAGAGACCAUAUAUUGAAAAAGAUGGAUACAUCAAACAGAAGGAAAUUUGUUCAGAUGAUGUCUGCUCCAUAUGUCAAGAAGAGCUCCUAGAAAAAAAGUUACCAGUCACCUACUGCAGGUAUGGUUGUGGUAAUAGUGUUCAUAUAAAAUGUAUGAAAAUAUGGGCUGAUCAUCAGGAUAAGUCAUCAAAAAACUCUGUUGUCAAGUGCCCUCUAUGCAGGGAAGAGUUUGCACCUUUAAAACUUAUUUUAGAUGAAUUCAGAAACUCCAAUAGACUUGUGACAGCAGCAGAGAAAGAAAGGCUUGACAAACACCUUGGAAUUCCAUGUAACAACUGCAGACAGUUUCCAAUUGAGGGAACAUGUUAUAAGUGCACUGAAUGUACUGAAUAUCACCUAUGCCACGAAUGUUUUGUUAGUUGUUGCCAUCCUCCACAUAUUUUUACUUUUCGGCAGAAGAGAAAUCAAAGGUGGAAAUCACUAGAAAAAAAUCCAGGGUUAUAUCCUUCAGGGAGAAUCUUAAAAAAUACAGAACUUACAAAUCAGAGUGAAGAAGAAAUGACACAUCUUGAAAAAAGUAUCAUUUGCACACCAAAGCAUGUAGUAACAUCACUUCCUCUCAUAUUAAUUACAAAGAACAGUAAGCUGCUUGCUCCAGGGAACCAGUGUCGACUUUGUUUGAAGGCAUUUUGUCUUGGUCAACAUACAAGACUAUUACCAUGUAAUCACAAGUUUCAUAGGAAAUGUAUUGAUGAUUGGUUACUAAAUAUAUGUAAUUCAUGCCCUAUUGAUGGCCAAAUUGUCUAUAACCCUUUAAUCUGGAAAAAUUCACUGAUUAAUGGACACAUGCAAAAGCAAGUACCACAUACAACUGCCACUCAUCUGUCAAAGCAGCUAUAUCCAGAACUUUUUAUACCUGGCACUGGAUUGCUCUUUAAAGAAGGCAAAUUUGACCAUUUACCUGAAAGAUCUAAAGAUAAUUUCGAAAGACUCAGUAAUCAUCAAGAUUCAACAGAUUUGAAUGAUAAUUUAACAGGGGAUGGUCUACACCCUUUGCAAUCAAGUGAUCCAGAUUCAAGUCAAUUAAUCUUUGAUUACAAAAUAAAUCACCAUUUCCCUAGCUAUCUUCAGGAUUCAUCCCUUAGCGCUGCAGGGAAAAUGCCAUCUCAAGUUUUUCUUCCUUCCAUUACCAAGACUGGAAUUUAUGCUAAACCUGGAAGCCCAUUUGUGAACAGAAAGUUAUAUCACCCUGAACAAAAGCCAAAGGGGAACAAAGUGUCUCAGUGCAUGGACAAUCUUACACUGAAGAAAAUUCUUGCCACUAAAAUAAGAAUUGACAAUGAAAGUUCAGAUGUUAUAUUGCCAGCAGUUUUUCAUGAUAUGGUGAACUGGUGUACAACUAACCCUAGUUCAUCCAAAAAGGAGAAUAAUAUUAUGGGAAAAAUCAGACAAAACCAUGGUCUCCUAUCAAGAAGGCCUAUAUCAAAUGCUUUAAAUACUGAAGCUCAAGAGUUGUCUUUAAUAAUGGAAGGAAUUCCUCUCUGCAAAAGUUAG